CCGCUCGCUCGCUCGCUCCUUCCGAGCCGGGAUGUUCUCCAGGAAGGGCCACGCCGAUGUCAGGAAAUCCACCCAGAAGGCGCUGGACCCCAAGCGGGACGUACUCACCCGCCUCAAGCACCUCCGGGCGCUGCUGGAUAUUGUGGAUGGAAGUGACCUGAAGCAAUUUUUUGAGAACAAUUAUUCUCAAAUUUAUUUUAUAUUUUAUGAAACCUUCAUAACACUGGAAAAUAGCUUGAAACAAAAAGGGAAUAAAUCGCAAAGGGAGGAGCUGGACUCCGUUCUCUUUCUUUUUGAAAAAAUAUUGCAGCUACUACCUGAGAGGAUUUUUUAUCGAUGGCAUUUUCGCAGUAUAGGGUCGAUUCUGAAGAAACUUUUGCACACUGGAAAUUCUCUGAAGAUAAGAUGUGAAGGAAUCCGACUGUUUCUUCUCUGGCUUCAAGCGCUUCAGACUAACUGUGCAGAAGAGCAGAUAUUAAUAUUUGCGUGCCUUGUGCCUGGCUUUCCACCCAUUAUGUCCUCACGAGGUCCCUGUACGCUAGAUAACCUCAUUAGUCCUCCUAAUUUGCCAGACGCUAAGAUUUUUCCAGAAGAAAUAACGCCGCUUUUGCCAGCUGUCUCUGGAGAGAAAAUUGCUGAAGACCAAACCUGCUAUUUUCUUCAGCUACUGUUAAAAUAUAUGGUAAUUCAGGCUGCAAGCUUGGAGUGGAAGAAUAAGGAGAACCAAGAUACUGGUUUUAAAUUUCUCUUUACCUUGUUUAGAAAAUACUAUCUUCCUCACUUGUUUCCAUCUUUCACAAAGCUAACCAACCUCUACAAACCUGUUCUUGAUAUUCCUGAUAUAAGACCGAGACCAGUAUACAUUACUGCAACACGAAACAAUGAAAAUGUCUAUAGCACAAAAAUCCCAUAUAUGGCAGCUCGAGUUGUUUUUAUUAAGUGGCUUGUUACCUUCUUUCUUGAAAAGAAAUAUUUAACUGCUGUUCAGAAUACAAAAAAUGGAGGAGAAAUGCUCCCUAAAAUUAUUCAGACUGUUGGUGUUGUAAACCAAGAUAAAAAUGCAGAGCUGGAAGCCAGUAUGUCUUAUGCAAGCGAGCAGGAGAGAAGCCAUUCUAACAGCAGCACCUUGUCUGACAGAAGGCUCAGCAAUUCCAGCCUCUGCAGCAUUGAAGAGCAGCACCGGACUGUCUAUGAGAUGGUGCAGAGAAUCCUCUUAUCCACUCGAGGAUAUGUUAACUUUGUUAAUGAGGUGUUUCGACAAGCUUUUUUAUUGCCGCCUUCUGAUAUAUCUGCAACACGAAAAGUGGUUAAGGUAUAUCGAAAGUGGAUAUUGCAAGAGAAACCUGUGUUCAUGGAGGAGCCAGACAAAAAGGAGGACAGUCAGGAUGCUGUUGUUAACUUAGAGGAUUCAUCAGUGCAAACGGAUGGUAAACAUCUUUCCUCUGACCAUUCAGGACAUAAGCGCUCAUCCAGCUGGGGAAGAACGUACUCCUUUACCAGCGCUGUUAAUAGAGGAUGUAUAUUAGAAGACGAGGACAAAAAUGUUAAAGCUGGUGCUCAAGCUGCGUUACAGGUAUUCUUGACAAACUCUGCGAAUGUUUUCUUAUUGGAACCGUGCGUUGAAGUCCCUGUGCUUCUGAAGGAGCAAGUUGAUGCUUGCAAAGCAGUUCUGAGUAUCUUUAGGCGCAUGAUAAUGGAGCUAUCAAUGAAUAAAAAGACAUGGGAGCAGAUGUUACAGAUACUCCUUAGAAUAACAGAAGCUGUGAUGCAGAAACCAAAAGAAAACCAAAUAAAGGAUACGUUCGCUCAAAGCAUGUCAGGAUUACUUUUCCGAACCCUCAUUGUGGCUUGGAUCAGAGCAAACCUGAGUGUUUACAUUUCUCGGGAGCUGUGGGAUGAGCUGCUCAGCGUUCUGUCUGCCCUGACGGAUUGGGAGGAGCUCAUAAACGAGUGGGCCAAUAUCAUGGACUCUCUAACAGCGGUGCUAGCAAGAACUGUGUAUGGGGUGGAAAUGACAAACUUACCCUUGGAUAAGCUCAGUGAACAAAAAGAAAAAAAGCAGAGAGGAAAAGGUGGCAUUUUAGAGCCUCAGAAGACAGCUGUAGUGGGAAGAUCUUUUUCAUUAAGCUGGAAAAGUCACCCUGAAGUUGUGGAGCCAAUGAGGUUCAGAAGUGCUACGACCUCUGGAGCCCCAGGAGUUGAGAAAGCAAGAAAUAUUGUUCGUCAAAGAGCAACAGAAGUUGAAGAAUCUCAACAGCUGGAAAAUUCAACAGGAACAGAAGCUAUGGGCCUAUUUGCAGACCAAGAGCAGCAGCUAACUCGAAGUAGCAGCACUUCAGAUAUUACAGAUCAGUUUCCAUCUGAUUUUUUUCAAGGUAAAAAGGCUGGAAGUUCUCAUAAUUUAACUUCUUCAGACUCCAGAUCAGUUCAGGAAAAUAAGGGAUAUACAAAGAAGGAACAUGAAGCUGAGCAAGUACUAGUACGAAGAAGCAGUAGUACAGCUGAAUUAGAUUUGAAAACAGACUUGCAGCAAUCACAUGGAAAUUAUAGAGAGAGAGAAAAAAGUGAAAGCGUUAGCAGUGACACAUCCAUUGGCUAUAAUAAUGAAGUAGAGAUCGCGCUUAUCCCCUGGCAAGCUUCUGAAGACGACCAUGAAGUUAAUGCGUCAGCAGAUGUUUGUGUGGAUCCUGAUGCACCUCGCUGGCUUCAGCUUAGUCCUUCAGAUGCUGCAAACUUAACAGACAGUAGUGAAUUCCUUGCUGAUGACUGCAGUAUAAUUGCUGGUGGAAGCCUUAUCGGUUGGCAUCCUGAUUCUGCUGCUGUCUUAUGGAGGAGGAUCUUGGGAAUUCUUGGAGAUGUGAACAAUAUACAGUCACCUAAAAUCCAUGCAAAAGUUUUUGGGUAUCUUUAUGAGUUGUGGUAUAAACUUGCAAAGAUACGGGACAACCUUGCUAUAAGUGUGGACAAUCAGUCUACUCCCUCUCCUCCUGUCUUAAUUCCUCCUCUGAGAAUAUUUGCGUCAUGGUUGUUCAAGGCAACCACCCUGCCAAAUGAAUAUAAGGAAGGCAAACUUCAGGCCUACCGGCUGAUCUGCGCUAUGAUGACUAGGCGUCAAGAUGUUCUGCCAAAUUCUGAUUUCCUGGUUCAUUUUUAUUUUGUGAUGCACCUUGGCUUAACAAGUGAAGACCAGGAUAUCUUAAAUACUGUCAUAAAGCACUGCCCACCUUGGUUUUUCUUCCUGGGCUUACCUGGCUUCACGAUGCUGAUAGGAGACUUCAUUACCGCGGCGGCCAGGGUUCUGAGCACAGACAUGCUGGAGGCUCCGCGUUCAGAAGCUCACACCAUCCUUGGUUCUCUUGUUUGCUUUCCAAAUAUCUACCAAGAAAUCCCGCUGUUGCGGCCCAUUUCAGAAGCCGGUGAGAUCAUCGCGGGAACCGCAGAUGUGAAGUGUUACCUCAUAAAUAUUUUAUUGAAGAAUGCUACAGAGGAGCCAAGUGAAGCUGCAAGAUGCAUAGCCAUUUGUGGCCUUGGAGUCUGGAUAUGUGAAGAACUAACGCAGUGCACAAACCAUCCCCAAGUCAAGGAAGCAAUCAAUGUCAUAGGUGUGACACUGAAGUUUUCUAAUAAACUGGUAGCUCAGGUAGCCUGUGAUGUUCUUCAGCUGCUGGUUUCUUACUGGCAAAAGCUUCAGAAGUACGAAUCCUCUCUGUCCAGAAAAAUUACUGAAAUCCUUGUGGCCACUAUUGCAUUUCUUUUGCCGAGUGCUGAAUACUCCUCUGUGGAAGCAGAUAAAAAGUUUAUAGUUUCGCUGCUACUUUGCUUGUUGGAUUGGUGUAUGGCAUUACCCAUGAAAAUGCUACUGGAGCCGGUGUCUGCUGGUGUUCUUGAAGAUCAACAUGCAUCCAAAGCUCCUUUACUGGACUAUAUUUACAGAGUUCUGCACUGUUGUGUGAAUGGCUCCAGCACGUAUACUCAGCAAAGCCAUUACGUGCUGAGUCUGGCGGAUCUCUCGUCCAGCGAUUACGACCCAUUUUUGCCACUGGGGAAUGUCAAGAGCUCUGAGCCCGCCCAGUGCCACUCCUCCACGGAUUUGGGCAACCUGCUCACUGUUGCCGAGGAAAAAAGGAGAAGGAAUUUAGAAUUGAUACCUUUAACAGCGCGGAUGGUUAUGACUCACCUGGUGAAUCACCUGAGCCACUACCCGCUCAGCGGAGGCCCUGCUAUUCUCCACAGUCUUCUUAGCGAGAACCACGACAACUCCUACGUGGAGUCCUCCGAGCUGUCCUCAGAAGUCUUCCGGAGUCCCAACCUCCAGCUCUUCGUGUUUAAUGACAGCACUCUCAUAUCUUACCUCCAAAUCCCUGCAGAAAAGACGACAGACGCUGAGCCAGCAGCAACCCCCUCGGACGUAAGGGUAAUUGUCAGAGAUAUCUCAGGAAAGUACUCUUGGGAUGGCAGAAUAUUGUACGGACCUUUGGAGGGCUGCCUUCCGCGGCAGAGCGCAACGAACACGUUUGUGAUCUCAGGCAACCCUGAGCAGCGCUUCAUUUCCCAGAAAGACAUUUCUCAGGUGGAAGAAGGAGAAGACGCUCUCGACCAAUUGCUGGAAAAGAUUGGUAACGCCAGUCCUGAAUGCCUGUUACACCCCCAGCGAAAGCUCAAUGAGCCGUCGCCGCCACCCUUUGGUAUGACCUACGACCAAGAGAAUGCGAUCACUGAAGCCCUGAUGAGGCAGAGCGCCCAGGAAAAAGAGUGUAUAUUUAAAUGCAGCUCAGACUUCAGUAUGAAGGUGGCCCGUCAAGAAGAACCACGUCCUGCUGAACCUCAAGCAUCCUUUUAUUUCUGUCGGCUGUUGCUAAGUGACUUGGGAAUGAACUCCUGGGAUAGAAGAAAAAGCUUUCAUCUUCUUAAGAAAAACUCAAAAUUACUGCGAGAACUGAAAAAUCUGGAUUCCCGCCAAUGCCGUGAAACUCACAAGAUUGCAGUGUUUUACAUUGCAGAAGGACAGGAGGACAAAUGUUCAAUACUGUCCAAUGCAAGGGGAAGCCAGGCAUAUGAAGAUUUUGUUGCUGGACUGGGCUGGGAGGUUGAUCUUUCAACACACGGUGGGUUCAUGGGCGGUCUGCAGCGCAAUGGCAGCACGGGACAAACGGCACCCUAUUAUGCUACCUCUACGGUGGAAAUCAUUUUUCAUGUGUCUACAAGAAUGCCAUCAGAUUCCGACGAUUCACUGACCAAAAAGCUUCGUCACUUGGGAAAUGAUGAGGUUCACAUCGUCUGGUCUGAACACACCAGGAACUACCGCAGAGGCAUUAUACCAACAGAUUUUGGAGAUGUUUUAAUUGUUAUUUAUCCAAUGAAGAAUCACAUGUUUUUCAUAGAGAUAAUGAAGAAACCGGAGGUGCCAUUUUUCGGUCCUCUCUUCGAUGGAGCAAUUGUGACUGCAAAGCUGCUGCCAAGCCUCAUAUGUGCCACGUGCAUCAAUGCCAGCAGAGCCGUCAAGUCGCUCAUCCCGCUCUACCAGAGCUUUUAUGAGGAAAGAGCUCUGUAUCUCGAAGCAAUAAUCCAGAACCAUAAAGAAGUAAUGACAUUUGAGGAUUUUGCCGCUCAGGUCUUUUCUCCCUCUCCCAGCUACUCCCUCGGUGGAACUGGCUGCCUCACCACAAGCGCAAGCGCUGACCUUACCGUCACCAUAGGAAUAGAGUUAGCAGACCAGACCUCGCCCGCGUUACCACGUGCCUCGAAGAGCAGAGUCUCUGGGAAACUUCGCCGCUCCGCCAGUGCUCUCAGCAAGUCUUCCAACUGAGGUGCUGCGGGAGCAGAACUCCGGCCGAGGGAACCCAGGAGACCUUAAAAUAGAUAAAUUAUUUACUGCCUCUAUAGAACUUGCAAUUUUGGAUGAGCACGUGUUGAAUGGGACGGGCGAGGGGUUUGCUCUGUAAAAUUGCAGUUCUUGUAUUCAGGCAGACAUGGCCAAUGAUCAGCUAUCACCUGCAUCGUCAUCAUGCAUUUCACUCGAUCGUUUCCGUCACAGAAGGAAGGCGAUGGGGAGCUCUUGCUGCUGGCGUGGCCUCGGGCUGAUGGCAGCCCGCUCCUUCUCCCCGAGCACCUGUGCAUGAGUACUGGUGUCGCAGCAAGAGGACACAAACCAGUACUGAAACCAGUUAUUUAAUGUAACUUUAGAGCGUUGCUUUUAGUCAUUCCGGUCAACACUUAAUUGUGUAAUAGGGAAUUUUGUCUAAAUAGAGGUUUUCGUAUGACGAGCCACGUAACGAAUGUUCCCCUCCGGAGCGCGGGUGAAUGAUGGAGGUGCUUUCCAGUCUGUGUUCAACCUCUGCUCCCCUCCUGUUGUCUGUGGUCACCCAGCGCCCGUUUUGUGCAUGUCGCUAAGAAUUAGUCAUCAGCAAAGAGGUCAUUUACCUGAAAUCCAGGAGGGUACUGCCAGUUUCACCUGCAUUAAAAUCUGUUUAAUCACGGUAUCUUGCUCAAGGUCAUACGUCAUUACCUAUUGUGUGAAAUCCUGAAGCUGAAGAUGCGCCAGCCGCCGCUCGGUCGUGCGCGGUCCAGUCCAGCAGCGCAGAGGACCAGGCUCCUCUCCUUAGCGCCCACCAGGAGCCCGCCUGCGGCAGAGGGGCGGUUACGGGGGGGGGCAGCAUCCAGUGCAGGGCCGAGGUACCGGUUCGCAGCUGCCGCGCCAGCCAGGUUCAACCGCUUACCUUCACGUCUUUGCGUUUCUGUUAGGCAGAAGCGCUCUUUCUCAGCACUGGCUUUGGCUUCGGGGUUGCUGUGUCAUUUGCAAUAGCGCAUGCGAUAGCUGCGUACUGUGAACUACUCGCCAGAAAAAUAAAAAUAGCCAAAUUCCUUUUUGAAGAGCAAAUGCCGCACGUUUGCCACGACUACUUCUCACCACGGUUUGAAUAAUUAGACAGUACACCUCUUGGGUAACCACCUCACCUCGUCACAACAUCAGGGCAAUAGUCUGUAACCUGAAGCAUGUCUAGUUAGAAUAAAAUAAAUCUGAAGGCUUUUGAGGCUGUGCAGUGUCCUCCUGGCACUUUGUGUAGUAUGCAAAUCUUGUAUUUUCAAUAGGAAAUGUAUUUCAGUCUACGUGUAUCAUAGGUUUCUAGGGGUGAUAACUUUUCAUAGCUAAAAAACCCUGUAUUAUAAAAACAAAUCUGAGAGACAUCCUGCAACCACUCACUGUGAAUGAGGAUGGCCAGACCGAAGGCAGACAUCCGUCGACGCUCCACCAGGAAGGGACUUGUGAGAGACCACGUGCAGCGGAACUGAGCCUCCGCCCAACGACUGCUGCGGGACCCGCCAGCGGCCGAUGCUGGGGCUGGGCGCACACGGACGACCAGAGGAGAUGCCUGUAAAGCAAAUAAUAUUGUGUUAACUUUAUUUUCUUGAUGUUUUGAACAUCAGUGUCCCAGCCCUCCUAACCCUCCUCAGGUCUGGUUCACGCUGUUGCUUUUUGUUCUGGUUUUUUUUGUUGUUGUUUUGCUACUUGGCAUUCAAACGCACACCUCUAAACUUAAUGUGCUUUGGUUUAAGUGAAGGGGAUUUGGUUUUCGGUGAAGCAGAACGCACCAUUGGGCCACCGUUUUUUUUUUGCACUUCUGCUUAGGUGUUCACCUGAACGUCUGUCCGUUUGCGUGUCAGCGUCCAGCCCUGGGACUUCCCUGUAGAUAGGGAAUACUGUUUUAUAAACGUUGCCAGUAACGCCGAGGUAGCGCGACACUCUGCUGUGGGCCCUGGGCAGUGGGUUACCUGGUCUGAGGGGCAGCCAGCUCGGCCUGAGGUGCCGCCGGGCACCCUUGCUGCCCGGAGCAGGAGCUGGUGGCGCUGAGCACGAACCUGGCUGGCGCCGGGACACGGGUAACGCAGCUGUCCUGCUGGGAAGGAGCCUCAUCUGCUAAGGGUUUUGAUUUUUAUUUUCUGCCUCACAUUUUGGUUUUGCUUUCUACUGAUAUUGUGUGUCGGUAAAGGAAAUUAGAAAAUAAAACAUGUAUUUUAAUUUAUUUUAUUUUCAGGACUGGAUAGGCGAGGCUGUCUCGUUCUUAGUUAUCCAAUAAAUGGUCUGAAAUAAUUUCAAAGGCAUUCUUCUGAAUAAAAGGAGACUUUUUGCGUUAGAGCAAUAUGCAUCUCUAAUUCAGGGAAGAAUUAAAACACCGAUGAAGAUAGUAUUUUCCUGAUGUCAAAAACCUAAAAAUAUUAAUUUAUAAAAAUUCAGCCGUGGUUUUGUACUAUGAACUGGAUAACAAAGCUGUUCUGUUUCCCCUCACAAACUUAAUAAAUCUUAACUCACAACAAAAUUCUUGAAAGAGCAAUAAAAAGGUACAUACCUGCGUGGAGUGUGCAGCGUCUGUGUGGAAGGAGG